CUUUCUCUUUUCUCUCUCCUCUCAAUUUUUGUUUCCCUCUCUCAAAAUUUUCACCAAAAAAAAAAAAAACAAAAAACAAAAAACAAAAACAAAAAACACUGUUAGUGCUCUGCAGUGCUGUUGCGAUGAAGAUGAUUAUGCCAUCUUCUUCUUCUCCUUCUUUACUGUUGUUCAAAAAUUUCUCUCUCUGGGUAUUUUUUCUUUAAAUUAUUUCCAAUUUUUUUCAUAAAAAAAAAAAUCGAAUUCUGAAAAUCCCUUAUAGCACUAACUCGUAGGAAUUCACUUUCUGACUUCCAUUUUUUUUUUCCAGCUGUCUUCUCUUUCUCUCUCUCUCUCUCUCUCUGUUGCUUUUUAAUUAUGGCUUCUUUUUAAGUUUUUUCCAUUCCCUUAAAUUCCAUCCUCCCCAUUUCUUCAUUCUUCUCCCUUUCAUGGAGUUUCAUCUCUACUGCUACUCAACUCUACCGUCGCAGGCUACCCAUUGAAUUUCCAUAAUUCCGCCGUUCAAACAAAGUGGAGACAUGGAAGGAGCUGCAGCUGGAUCCGGAUCAGGAUUAGGAUUACCUGAUCGAUCUCAAUUAUUUGGAGUUUCCUCACCGCCGCCGCUAACCAUCGAUGCCACCAUAGGUGAUUCUCAGCAAGUCGAAGCUGCUUCUCCGAUUAGUAGCCGACCUCCUGCUGUACCCUCUUCGUUAAAUUACGAGGAACUCAUUCGUCUCGGCGGCGGCGGCGGCGGUCAGAUGGUGGUUGACGAUGAAGAAGCUGACCGUAGCGGCGGCGGAAGCGGUGGUAAUCGAUGGCCGCGGCAAGAAACGCUUGCUUUGCUUAAGAUUAGGUCAGAGAUGGAUUCAGCGUUUCGAGAUGCUACACUUAAAGGACCUCUUUGGGAUGAAGUCUCCAGGAAGCUAGGGGAAAUGGGUUACAAGAGAAAUGCGAAAAAAUGCAAAGAGAAAUUUGAGAAUGUUCAAAAAUAUUACAAACGCACAAAAGAAGGAAGAGGAGGGCGUCAAGAUGGCAAAACUUACAAAUUCUUUACGCAACUUGAGGCUCUUCAUAACGCAAACGUGGCGCCUUCUUCUUCUUCAUUCACACUGCCACAACAACACCCCACCACUACCGUUGGCUUUGGGAUUAGCAACCCAACUCCAAUCUCAUCCGUCAAAAUUUCCACAUCUUCUUCACAAACCCCAAUGGGAAUCUUUUCUCCUCCACCAGAACAAUUCACUGUCCGGCCACCACCCACCGUCGCCGCUACGGGUGUUAGCUUUUCGUCGAACACCUCGUCUGCAUCCACUGAAGACGAUGAUAACGAUGAAGAUGAAGUGAUGGGGUUUGAUGUUGACCUUGAAGGGUUGCCGGAGAACGUAGCGGGAAGUAGUCGGAAGCGGCGUAGAGGGGUGGUUAAAGGGAAUGAUCAGUCAAGAACUCAUAAGAUGAUGAUGGAGUUUUUUGAGGGUUUGAUGAAACAAGUGAUGGAGAAACAGGAAGUUAUGCAACAGAAGUUUUUGGAAGCGAUUGAGAAAAGGGAACGAGAUAGGAUGGUUAGGGAAGAGAAUUGGAAAAGGGAAGAGAUGGUGAGAUUGAGUCAAGAACAAGAAAGAAUGGCUCAAGAGCGGACAAUUUCUGCUUCUAGAGAUGCUGCCAUCAUUGCUUUUCUUCAGAAAUUUACUGGCCAAACCAUUCAAUUUUCAGCCCCACAACAACAAUUUGAUGUGCCUGUGCCUGUGGCUGUACCUGUAACUGUGCCUGUGUCUGUACCUAUGCCUAUGCCUGUGCCAGCACCACUAUCUCCUGUCCCUUCUCAGCCAUUAUUACAACCACAAACUCUGCCACACCUUCAGAAUCAGCCGCCUUCAAAUACAGUAAUCCCAUUGGAUCAACCAAUGUUUCAGGAAAUUAGCCAAGGGGGAGAUGGAUCUUCAGAACCCAUUUCUUCAAGAUGGCCAAAACAAGAAGUUUUAGCAUUAAUAAAGCUGAGAGGUGGGCUUGAAUCGAGGUAUCAAGAAACAGGUCCAAAGGGUCCUCUGUGGGAAGAGAUUUCAGCUGGAAUGUUACGGAUGGGUUACAAGAGAAGUGCUAAAAGAUGUAAAGAGAAAUGGGAGAAUAUCAAUAAGUACUUCAAGAAAGUUAAAGAAAGCAACAAAAAACGCCGUGAGGAUUCUAAAACUUGCCCUUAUUUCAAUGAACUUGAUGCUCUUUAUCGCAAGAAAAUCCUUUCUACUGCUGCUUCUGAUUCUGGUUCCUUUAGUGAUACCAACAAAUUUGAACAAAACCCAACAACAGAUCUUCGUCCUCAAGGUCCUCAACCCCAUUCUUCGAUUCCACAAGGUUUGUCCGCUACUCUUUUUGGUGAAGGAACUGAAGAUCAACAACCAACAUCCACGAAGCCAGAAGACAUUGUGAAUGAGUUGAUGGAGCUGCAGGACGACAUUUAUCGACGUCAUCUCGAUCGAGACAACAAUGACGAAAACGACGAUUAUUCCAGUGAUGAUGACGACGACGACGAUUUACCAGAAGAAAAGAGAAACGGUAACAUUGAUUAUAAAAUAGAGUUUCAAAGAAGAAACAAUGUAGGAAACUCCAAUGGUGUUGCGAGUGAGUUUCAAUCGAUGGCGGUGGUUCAAUAAUAUUGCUUGAUUCAUAUAAACACAAUACACCCACAUCUCAAUCUUCUGUUUCAUUUACACCCAAAAAAUUCCUAACCCUUUUGCAUUACAGUCCCCCAAGUUACCGUUCCUUCUAUUUUUUUACCCCCCAAGAAAAAAAAUUUCAUUGCCCAGAUACUUCUUAUACUUUCUCUUCCCUUUCUUUGUGUCUAGAGCUGCCAGCAUAAGAUGAUCAUAUGCAUUUUUUUUUCAAAAUUUCUCAAUGACUAUUUAGUUUUUUUUUUUUUUUUUUUUAAUUUUUUAUUUAUCAUAUUCUUCUCAAUUCAUGUAUUAAUUAUUUGUGAGGGGAAAAUAAACAAAGUCUUUCUUUGGACUCAUGAAGGAAACUUUGUAGAGCUUUAUUAUGAAGAAAUGUGAGAGAUAGAUGAUGGGGGGGAAGGGGAAAUUCUUUCAUGUCAUAGUCAUCUUCAAGAUUUGUAUUAUUUCAUUCUUUUGGCUGAAUAACUUGUGAUAGUGUUAUAUGUUAUUGUAAGUUAUGUAUAUCAUAUCUUUAUGAUAAUAUAAUGAGCCUUCUGAUGAGUUAAGAGGAA